AUGCUCAAUCUCUCCUCGUACGACCCGCUCCCGCUCCCGCAGCACCCGCCGUCGCUCGCGCCCGAUCAGUCGUUCAGCAAAUUCCCCAAAGUGGGUGAAACUCGGUGCUACUGGACCCUCCUCUCCGCGGAUCUCCACUUCCUCUACCUCGACCCCGUCCUCGCCCACCAUCUCGUCGAUCAGGCCAACGACCUCGUCGGCAAGUCUCUCUUCGAUUUUGUCCACCCCGACGAGAAGGCCUCGGCCACGCACGACCUCCGCAAUGUCCUCGAGAGCCGCACCCUCCACGGCAGCGUCACCCGAAUGCGGUAUUCGCGCCUGUCCCGCGUGCGGCGCCUCCUCGGUUAUCAAGGCCCUCAUCACGUCUGGCCAGAAGCGGAGAAGAUUGCGAUAGAUUCAAACUACAUGGCCGUGGACCUCGUCAUCAACUGGGCAGCGGAAGGCCUCGUCCUUUGUUUCAUCCACGCGGUCGUGGACCUCACGCCCUACGACAACGACGAGCACGUGAAGACCGGCUGGACAAACUGGUGCGGCACGAGUGCCAUGACUGACCAGGAGGCGCAACUGCUCUACCAAAGGCUGCUCCACAGCAUCCCUCAGUCUGGCAACAUGUCCAGGGCAUUUCAGAUCCUCUUGAACCAGUCGGACCGCCCCCUUCUCUUCAGCUGGCCUCCCCAACAGGCACAAGGCCCGACAGCCUCCGACUUCGCCAAGCUGUCCGACGAGGUCCAAAUCGAGAACAGCCCACACACCGGCAAUGACGCAAAGACCAGCUGCACGCGGCGAUACAAGGCGUUGCAAAACAUGACCUCCUCGGACGGCGUGAGAGAAGUCGAGAGUAUAUUCAUCCCGCACGGUUCCAUCAUCUUUGCCUGUCACAAGGUGAACUCGCCCUCUCGUUCCUCUUCGACGAGCAACGCAUCUAUGCAGCAGCAGCAGUCCAACUACGACACCGGUUAUAUGGGCUCGCAAAAUCAGCAAUUUUAUUCCGACCAGACGACGGGCUCCUACGCACUGCCUCCUAUGCAGGUCUCGCCGACCUCUUCCUACAAUUUCCUUUCUCAGAGCUCCCAAGUCCCAGUCCUGCCCCCAUUUUCGACUCAGCCGUGGUCGACGGGCCCAGACCCAUCGACGUCGCAUCAGCUGUUGGGGUCCCAAUGGGCUUCCGCAGCAUCGACUGCGUCCUAUACGUCAGGCACUCCGCAAAUGCGCGUCUCUCCCUAUGCGUCGCAGCAGCAGCAGCAGACCCAGGCGCCAUUACCGCGUCAGUGGUCCCCGCAGCCCUCGCCCUAUGCCGAGAUGGACAACCCCAUGCCCCAGGCCUCCUAUUCUCGGCCCUUGUCCCCUUCCUAUGGCUAUUCGUCCUCCGAAGUUCAGCAGGCCCCGCCACCAAACACGGAUACGGUACCGCCGCCAAAGACAGGACAACGUCGCACGAGCCCCAGUAACUCCCGGGACCAAUACGGAUCGGGGGGCAGGAGCUCGGGGCACCCACCCGUAGGGAUCACUCGAUGCUCCAGCUGCAAAGUUACUCAAAGCCCAGAAUGGCGGAAAGGCCCCAGCGGCAAGAAAGAUCUAUGCAACGCAUGCGGCCUUCGAUAUGCCCGCUCACGUGCCAAGAAGGAAGGGAUCGCCCAGCGUAGGAGGAAAGACAAGGCGAAUGGUCCGACCCCAAAGCAAGAGCAGCAAUCCCCCAAGCCGCUCUCCGCCACGCCUCCCCUAUCGGCGCCCUAUCCUGGCCUUCGACAGGCGAGCUACGAGGAUACUUCAUUCACUUCCACCUCGCCUGCGGGGUCAGGCUCUGGGAGCGAGGUCUACCCGCCGCCUGGUCCGCCUGGUCCGCAGGCCUUCAACAGCCUCACUCCUUCGCCCUCGCCCCCCGCCGGCAACGUCGGCUUCCAACACUACCCCUCUCACCGUCACGCACGGGAGUCGGACGUGCGGCAGCAAUACUCCUCAAGCACGCCCUCGUACUAUCCCUCGCCCCUUUCCAACACGGGCGUGCAGCACGGCUCGCACGGAAAUGGCGGGCACGGACAUACGCUCUCGCGCAUCGAGUCGCUCCCGCAGCUGGUGAAUAGGAUGUCGCCGCUGCUCUCGUCCGCGUCGUCCAACUCUCCUGGGUCCGGCCACGCCGCCUCGUACGAACGCGAGCGCGACAGGGACAGGGACUCUAUCACGCUGCCGCCCACGCCGCUCUCCGCCGACCCGCGCCACGGGCCGGCGAGUAAGAUGACCUUCGUAACUCAAUGAACAAAGGGGGGGGGGAUUACCUGACCACGUUUGGUUCCUUCAUGAAACAUCAGCAGAACAAUCUCCGAUCUGCUCUCAGAAAUUUCGUAUUAAAGCCUGCAACUCCUAUUUUUUCUCCUAUUUUCUCCAUUUCAUUUCGCUCGGUAUCCUGCGGUCGGCUACAGGGGUACAAGAUCCCUAACUAGCUUGCUUCCCUUUUAGUCCUAUUUAUCUGCUUUGCGCGUUGAUGAUCACUAUGCCCUGCCUGUCCCACGGACAUUCCGCCUUCGCCAUAAUUGCCUCGCUUCUCAUCGUAUCAGUAUUUGACCAGCACCAGUACCCUCCGCGUGGCGUCCCACUUCCUGUGGUCGCCCGCGUGUACAGUACCUCCGUCUGUAUACAUGGUUCCCGGAGUGUCCGAGUACUCCAAGUAGGUUACUUAGUUCGCUGUUAGUGCAUCGCUCUACCGUACCGCCCUCGGGCGUCGUCCUGCGGGCGUGCAUCCGCUUAAUCUCCCACCCAGCCCCCUUCUAUUCCGUGUACCUGUACAAUAAGUAUUUUUUUUCCGCGCCUUGUC